AAGCACUGGUAUCAACUCAGAGUACGUUGUUUUUUCCCCCUUUUUUGUGAAGAAAUCAGAAAUUAGAAAUGGGGGAUAGAUACAAUCGCUUCAACCCACAAAAAUUUCGCCAGAAAAACAUGUUCUUGCCGAUGCUCUGUUCUAAGCCGGCGAUCAAAGACGGCCGGCUGCCCAGUUGCGAUGUGGCCCGUACAGAGUCCUUUUCCGGCGACCCUUUAUCGCCGAGAAUCGGAUGUAUGGGUCAAGUUAAGCGGAAUAACAGAGUUGCAGGCCUUCCGAUUUCUCACAGGAUUUUGAUUUCAACCAAGAACGCCGUUCUCAGCAACAAAAAAGGCAGCAACGCCAAUGUAGGUUACUUCAAGCUGAAGAAAUUUUUCUCCAGCAAAAAUCUCUUGGUUUCCCCCUCCACCACCGGAACCAGCAUCACCAGGUCUACCGCUGCCGCCGCAUCGAUAUCUACGGCGGGUGUCAACUGUUGUGGGAGCAGAAGAAGACCGGCCUUAAAUGCUGCAAUUUCGGGUAAGAAAUGUGUUACUGAAAACGGGAAUUGUGAUUCAUUUAGCGUUGUGGAUUUGGAUCCGCCGUUGCCGGUGGUCCGGCGAGUGCAGAAGGCAGGAGAAGAAAGAGGGGAAAUGGAGAAUCUUUGGAAGAGGAGGUCAGGUGGCAUUGUAUUACAGAGCUUACAGAUUCAACAAACCCAUCUUCCAAAGCAUCGGCUUCAGAUUACGAGUGUUUGAAGAGAAAACUUGGAUAUGGGCGAUCAUAGAUUCAACGGAGAGUUCUGUAAAUGAUCCGUUCUCUUGUUCUUCGUUCUAGUUUUGAUUGUCUCAAUCACAGGAAGCUAAAGACUGUGAUUGUAGCUCACUGUUCAUAUAUAUUUUUCUUCAAGUUUCAAUUUUGUGUGAUA